AUGCAUCGCGCGUAUCAACCGAUAACCCCAGCAAACAACAUGUUGUUGAAAAAACGUUGGGAUAUUAGCAGGUAUAACGCACACCGACACAAGGUCAAACAUUCAUCCCCUGUUAUUGACAACAAGUCACCUGAGACGUAUAUUCAUUUGCAUUUAAACUUGAAGAAAAUGCAGAAACAAGAAGAACGAUCUGCGCUUAUUGAUAAAGAAAACCGACUGCUGUUGGAGAAAAUGACUUCAAUUAUGCGGACAAGAGGUUCUGUAGACAACCACAAUAAUUAUCAAGCUAGAAGUUUGAAUAAAACUAAGCGACAAAGAGAACUUCUUCGCCUGACUCAUGAAAACCAGGCUAUACUAAAGAGAAUUACCUCGAAAGAGCCUAUCUACAAUCAUUUACAGUGGGAAGAAGAAUGGCAAAUGAACAUGUUAUACAUGAAUAAUAUCUCAAAAUACCCUCAACAAAGACGAGAUUCGUGCGAUAUAACUCAACACUCAAUGCAUGGUAGUUUGUCAAAGAUGAAGCACUGA